CGCGUGAGUGAUUUGCGCUGGGCUACAAAGCACUGUUUUUCUGUGCGGAGGAAAGUUGUUCUUGAAAGAGGAAAACGGAGUCUUGAACCCUCUCAAAGGUCCUGUUCAGACAGAGAAAGUCUGUUUUCGGCCUGUGUUGCUUCUACUAGGCCUUCAGAGUUUCGCUAGCAAGCCAGCGAGGCUUGCAAACACCCGUAAAGCUGGCCACCAUGAGUAGCUCGGACGAAUCCUCAUGGAUAACGUGGUUCUGCAGCUUGAAAGGCAAUGACUUCUUCUGCGAAGUUGAUGAGGAAUACAUCGAGGAUGAGUUUAACUUAACUGGCUUGGCGUCACAGGUGCCUCAUUUUAGAGAAUCCAUAGAUAUUAUACUCGGAGUUGAGCCCAGCGCAGAUGUUAGAGAUGACAUCUUGGAAUCAGCAGAAACACUGUAUGGAUUAAUUCAUGCAAGGUUCAUCCUUACCAAUGUCGGGCUGGUUCAGAUGAUUGAGAAGCACACGAAUGGAGACUUUGGCAACUGCUCGCGUGUCUACUGUGAGAACCAGCUAAUGCUUCCCAUCGGUCUCUCGGACGUGCCCGGUGAACACACAGUUAAAUUGUAUUGUCCACGCUGUAAAGAUGUAUAUACACCGCGCUCACACCGGUACCACCGCAUUGACGGUGUCUACUGGGGAACCGGGUUUCCUCACAUGCUGCUCAUGGUGCAUCCAGAACUGCGACCAUGUCCUCCGGUUGCACAGACGUACGAACCGCGACUGUACGGCUUCCGCAUUCACCCGCUCGCCAACCAGAUUCAGAUCCAGCAGGGCCAGAAACUGAGACAAGCUGCUGCUGCCGCUAAACAAGGCGGCGGUUCGUCAUCGGUGAGGAACCAGGGUGGCUCGGCAGCUACUUCGGCCAUGGCUAGAGGUGAUGCUAGCCAGAUGACAGGCAAGCGGAAGUAGAACCGACGUUGCCUGUCGCCGCCGUCUUCUUAUCCCUCGGUCAUGUGUUUCAUGCCUUAGGCCCCAACAGUUCAACGACUGGAGAGCGUUGGUGUGUAUAUACCUUAGAACCAUGCUCUCCGCAUUGUAAGUACAUGCCAUGGUGUGUUGUAAGUACAUGCCGCGGUGUGUUUGUCUGGAUCUGCCGAACACGCUGGACUAUUCAACUGCUGCUGCUGCUUCUGCUGCUGCUGCUUCUGGGUCUUUUUUGGCUACUAUCUAUACUCUGUGUUGCCUGUGCAUCACGGAUCUGUGCUCCUGGAAGAUCUCGCAUAUGUAGUACGUAUGCAACGCAGGACACGUUCAUCAUUGAAUUUGUGUUCAUGUGUCCUGAAAACCCUGGCGUCCCUGAUCCAUUGUUAAAAAUCUGUUUGCCCCGCCUCACCUACACUUUCCGACCAGAUGCUGUCUGUAGUUGCUGGACAUGAUGACUACAGCUGCAGUGUCUGUGUGGGUCAUAUACAAUACUGUAUUUUCCACUGGUGUACAUUGACAUUUCCAGCUCUCCGCGAGCUGCCCUGCACUGAUUCGUAGCUUAUCGUCGGACGGAACCCGCCACUUGCUCUGUCUAUUGCUGUACAUAUCUAGCUUGAUUUUGUGUUUCUUGUUCUUGCCUUCAUCGUUACUGUCGUGCUCGCCAUGUAGUGUUUGUUGUUCUUGUAUGUCCACCCGCUGCAACCUAUGCCCAGAGCUUCAUGCACCGUCUUGCUGAUUGUUUUCCCCUAGCUGGUUCGUCGGUUUCUUUGCUGCCUUGUUUUUUACAGCCUAACGUUAAUAUAAUCCUAUUAUCUGUCUGCUGUGCAGUAUGUAAUAACGUUAUGUACAGGAUCAUGUUUUUAUGCUGAUUUAGGGCUAGUCGAACUUUGCUACGCCGCACAAGGAGUGGGCAUGACUUUCCUGCGUUCUCCGUUUUCUUGUUUUUAUAUGCUGAUUCUAGGCCUUAUACAUGUAUGUGUGUGUGUGUGUGUUGUAUGUUUGAACAGAGAAACGUUCUAACUCAA